AAAACGAUUGUCGUUUUUGAUUUGCUCGAAUAUAGGAGGAGCCAUCAACAUCGUCUUCUUCAACCACAUGGCGAUAAUUGAACUAUAUCCCAAAUUCUUCUUCUCCCAAAACCCAAUUCCCAAACCCUUCAUAAGCCCUAAUUUCAAUCCCAAAAACACCUUAUCCCAUCAAAUCCUCAAACCAAUUGCUCAAUUUUCUCACCAACCAAUAACCACCACUCCAAACCGUGGCAUAAUCUUCCGGGAAAAAGUUCUAUACCUCCUGAAACUCAAAGUAAACCCAGAAAAAGCCUUCAAACUAAACCCUACACUCCGAACUUGUCCUCUACGAACCCUAAAAUCGGUUGAACAAUGUCUUUCAUCAAUUGGCAUACACAGAAGCGAAAUGGGUCGAAUCCUCGACAUGCUUCCUUCACUUCUCACGUGCGAACCACACAACGACAUUUACCCCCUUCUCGAUUUUCUUCUCAACGAGGUUAACAUUCCUUACCAUGAUGUUCAAAAAUCAAUCUUGCGGUGUCCUAGGUUGUUGGUGAGUUGCAUAGAGACUCGAUUAAGACCUGCACUUUAUUUUUUGAGGGAAUUAGGGUUUGUUGGGCCUCACUCUCUCACGUGCCAAACCACAUUGCUUUUGGUUUCGAGUGUUGAGGAUACCCUUUUGCCUAAAGUUGAGUUUUUGAUGGGUUUGGGGUUCACACGUGUGGAGGUUUCGAAUAUGAUUGUUAGGUCUCCUGGGUUGUUGACUCUUAGUGUAAAUAACAAUUUGAUUCCUAAAGUUGAUUUUUUCUUGAAUGAGAUGAAUGGUGAUGUUGCUGAGUUGAAGAGGUUUCCUCAGUAUUUCAGUUUUAGCUUGGAAAAGAGGAUUAAGCCGCGGCACGCAGAGCUAGUUCGGCUUGGAUUGUCGCUUCCUCUGCAAGAGAUGUUGCGGGUUAGUGAUGGCGCGUUUGAUUCUAUGUUGUUUGAAUUGCGGUUAAGGGAACCUGAGGGAAUAUAAGGGUAAUUGUAGUUGUUUUUUUGUAGGAUGAGUGAAAUGUAAUAGUCACUGUUUUGUUAGAUUAUAACAAAUGGUAUGUGCAAGCUAGUAAGUUGUGUUAGAGAAAGAACUGAAUAACCAUGAAUAUGUGAUGUUUACUGAAUCAUGUAUAAUGGAUUCCCUUAUGUGAUAAUGCUUGCUUGACUACGCUGCAAGUUAAUUCAGUAAAUGUAUUGCCUUGCAGUCAUAUUGAAAAUUAAAUUAAAUGAUGUUCAAGUUGGCUUUAUGUUCAUUUUUCCAUGACUGUAACUCAGUACCAGACAACUAUGCAUACAUUAAUAUUGAUUUACAACUUAAAAUGGUUUAUAUUAUAACAAACACAUUUGGUUGGUUGAAUAUCAUCUUACAGCUUUUUUUGGCAAGAUUUUAGAGUGAGAACAAUGUAUAAAAAUAAUAAUUUACAAUUUAAAAAAAACAGUUAAUAAGAAAAGGUUAAAGAUUAAUUUGUCUGGAUUGACACUCAAGCAGAUGAGGUCUGUUAGGAUGCAACUUUACCUGCUGUCAGCACACCUGUUCCUAACAGUAGUUCUUGUAGAACAAACCUAAUAAGUUUAUUUUAUUCUCUUAAUCUUGCAAUUAAUGUUUCUAUUUUUAAUUUGGUUUUGGUUGGAUGCAGUCAUACAAUUUGGAGACCAGCAUCCUGAUGGUACAUAUGAUUCAUUCCCUUUGAUGGUUUCACCUUUUUCCCCUGCUUGAAUGAAUGUUGGUUACUCUUUCUAUGCAGAUAUUCAAAGAUGAAUUUUGUAUAUAUAGGAUACAACUUGUUUAUUUUUUGUUCUCUAGUAAUGUUGCACUGUUCAAGAUUAUUUAGGUAACUACUUAACAACUUACGAUAUUGUUCACUGCUAUCUCGCUAACACUGAUUUGUUGCUAUCUUGUUUCUCUCCUAAUAGUACUUGUUUGCUGCUAUCACAUUAGUAAGGUGUUGGUGCAAAUAUUUUAUAUCCACAAAAUUACACUUCUUGGCAUCUGUGUAGUAUUGUGAUCAUAGUCACUGCUCUAAUAUUCAUUUCUUAUAUAUCUCAGUCCAUGAAACGCAUCACAGUCCAUGAACAAAAUGAAGGGUUUCAAUUUCAACUAUAAUCAGAGCUCGCAAUUCUCUUCGGUUUUGAAAAAAUUGCAAAGGUUUACCACUCGCCAUUAAAGUGCCUGCAACAUCAGUCAGAAAUAGGCCUUAUGGAUUGUGUGGCGAAAGAUAGGACUCAUGUCUUAAUAGCAAGGAAAAAUGCAACUGAUGCAGACAAUUACAACCAUAAUAUUGUCCUUCAUGAUCCUGUUAAUAAAUUGGAAUUUACCAAAGAACCAAUUGAGCAGAGAAGAAGAAUGAUCAUUGACAUGAAUCAAGAUUUCCCAAUAUGAAGGAAGAUAGAGGUAGGAGAAGAAAUGAUGCCUCUCCAAAGAGAAAUGCACAUCAACAAGGAUAUAUAUCCACAUGAUUUGACGAAGCAGAGACCAUUGUAGAUAUCUGCAUUGCAUCCGGAAGACAAAGGUAGAGAAAUCUAAAGUGAGUAGCAUUGUUCUAUGGACGGCAACGACAGGGGAACGACUUUUCAAUAACUAUAGUGAAGGAGGCAAUUUUCGCUAAGAAAACUACAAUUAAAUGUAUUGAGCUAGUCAAGAUAGAGGGAUUUUAGUUGUGUUAGUAGCUUUUGACUAUUUGUGUACAGAAAAAUGUGUCUUUUCUCAGUUUUUGUUUUUAUUCAAGUUAACAUAACAUGUUUGUGCAAUUGUUCAAUCAAAGUUUCUAAUGCAGUUGGAAAAUGAAAGGUCAUUCUAAUUCUGAUUCA